AUGAGUUUAGAAGAAAAGUUCAAGAUUAUAAGAAGUGUAGGGGAAGAGUGUAUUCAAGAGGAUGAACUGCUAAAUCUUCUAAAUCAUAAACCUGAACCCAUUUGCUAUGAUGAUUUAUUGUGUUUCUUUUUAAAUGUUGAAUUCUUGUGGUCUUCAGAUGAAAUUAACUCUAGGGCAUCAGAGUAUUGGCCACUUGUGAUGGAUAUAGCUCGCAGAAACAAGCUGCCCAGGAUAAUGAGGUGUUGUCAAAUUACGGGCCGUAGUGAGCAAGAUGAGUUGUCAGCUGCCCAAAUUCUUUACCCAUGCAUGCAGUGUGCUGACAUAUUUUUCCUUAAGGCGGACAUUUGCCAGUUAGGCAUGGAUCAAAGGAAGGUUAAUGUGCUUGCAAGAGAGUACUGUGAUGACAUUAAGAGGAAAAACAAACAAAUUAUUUUGUCUCAUCGUAUCGCCCUAUUUCAAUAUCUAUUUUGGUUCUUGAGAUCAAUUGAAUGUGGGGAAAAACUUUGCAGAUUUAAGAGCCUUACCAAGACCAAUUAUUUUGAGAUGCUUGAAGAGUUGGACAUAAGUGAUAACCAGAUCAGAGUUUUACCCGAGUCUUUCAGAUUAUUGUCAAAAUUAAGAGUUUUCCGAGCUGAUGAGACUGCCCUGGAAGUUCCACCAAGAGAAGUAAUCAAUUUGGGUGCUCAGGCUGUUGUUGAGUUCAUGGUUGAUCUCAUUGCCAGGAGGGAUACCAAGGCAUCACCACCAAAGAAGGAGAAAGGUUUUUGGUUCAGGAUUUGUUCGAUUUGUUGGCCGUUCUGGACCGCAAAUACAGACGACAACAUGUAA